CUAACUUACCAAUGGGAUAUAUUCCUCCUUUGAAUUUUCAAUUUGAAGUUCUACAUUUGGAAAAGUUCGUCCUGAACAAAAAAAAAAGAUGUCUAUACACCCCCAUAGAAGUUUCAGAAGAGCCACUGAUAAAAUAACCACACAAAUAGAAUAUCAGUCUCCCCAAUAUGCCAUUGGUAUGGACAGAUCGACCAAUUUGGUCACUCCAGUGACCAUUGGAGGGGAACGACAUGAAAAGUUAUUUUUUCGAACAUGUCGUUUUUGCUACAUAUGUAAUACUUAUUGACAACCACGCAUAGUUAAGUAAAUAAUUGACAUUAUUUAUAAAUACAAAUGCUAUUUGUCAUUAUUAGACAUAGGUGAGACGGUUUCAGUCCCGGUUCCGGAGCCAAAAGUUUUUUUCGGAAGGACCGAAGCCACAACAGAGACCGAAAACGGCCGCUGUCCUCAUAUCCAUGUUAGAUUCAUGCCUAGACACGGGCGAGACGGUCCGGGCUUGGUACGGAUCCUGCUAAAAAACGUUUUGACCCCGCGCCCCGGAUCGUCCGACUCAUGUCUAAUAAUGGCAAAUAACACUUGUAUUUAUAAAUAAUGUCAAUUAUUUACUCAACUGUGCGCAGUUGUCGAUAAGUAUUACAUAUAUAGCAAAAACAACAUGUAAGAAAAAAAAACUUUUCAUGUCGUUCCCCCUCCCCCAAUGAUCACUGGAGUAACCAUUGUAUGGCUUACCAUCUCUUAUCUAUCUAGCUUUUGUAAAACUAUCACACAAUACGUCCCCAAGAUGUAUCUUGCCUGUUAGUAGAAAAAUAAUUGUUAAAAAAUUUCAACUUUCGUGGUUUUUUUCAAACUUACGGAUUUUGUAACUCAUUGUUUUCGGAGGUAGAGCAACAAAACAAAAUAUUCUUUUAAUCAAUCGACAGCUUAUGGAGUUCACUAAAAGAAAUGUUACCAAAGUUUUUGAAUUUCAUGCUUCCUUUAUCUUUUACAAUCGUACUACGAAUGGUCAGUGACCAAGGGAGGGGAGUAAAGGGUUAAUAACAUCUACAUUAGAUAUUCUAAGAGUGAAAAAUCCAAUUGCCAUCACAUCACACAGUUGAAAUCAAACACUUAACCUCUAUCUAUCCCUUUUUGUAAAAGAUAAUUUCAAAAUAAUGAUUAUUCGAUGCACUAUUUCAUCACAGUAGUUGUUGUCGUUUAAAACAGAAAUACAGUAUUAAAUUAGACAUCGAAUUCUAUAAAACUGCAUUGUCGAUUUUUCGGACUAGAAAAUGCAAUGCAACUAAGUUAAAGAAACAUAUCUCUUUUUUGUGGUAGGCAUUUUGGAAUUUGAUCCAACAUUAGCUGGUCAGGAUAUAACACCGGCAAAUUUAGAUUUUAAUCUACGUAAAGACAAAACAUACAGACGCGAUAAAUCACUUGGUACAAGUUCAGUGAUUACUGGCAAUGAUUUACAAGGACGAACUUUUCCAAAUGUAGAACUUCAAAUUGAAAAUUCAAAGGAGGAAUAUAUCCCAUUGGUUGACAAUAUGCAAAUAUCCGAUCACUAUAAAACUCAAGACAGUAUGCCAUAUGGACAAAUGUAUGAUCCCUACAAUAGUAGUGUCGAAUAUCGAAUUCAAGAACUUUCAAAACGACUUAAUUCAUUAGAAACAAAAUUAAGCCAAGAUAUUUCAACUGUUUUAACUAUACUUCAAAAACAAUUUCCAUCAGUAACUCCUUCAGUUAGCGAUACUAUAACUUGA